AAAUAUUGACCCUCCUGGCAUAUCAUACACGGAUGUUGCUCGUUCACUGUCUAAUUUGCUUGAAGUUGUUUUGAGGAGACUGCAUUGGCCGUUCUAGCGAGGAUGAUAUUUGAAAACAUCUGGAGUAUACCUAAACUUCAGUUCUAAUGUGACACAUCGACGCACGUGAUCUGCCUAUUAAGGUGGCCUUGGGACCAGAGACUGUGCUUGGGACUGAGAACUUGACAGACGUUAAAUUGUCACGUGAGAAGCAUAUGAUGAACAGUAAGGUGUAUGGGAUUGCUGUCAUUGGUCUGGGGACCGCGGGACGUGUUCGUGUCAGGGAUCUACUGCAAUAUACAACACACAAGGACAUACUGUGGUGUCUGAAAGGAUUUGUGUCCAGACGUACUUUGGAGAUUGAGGGGACCCAACAGUUGACGGAGGACGAGGUUUUUACUAGAACCGACAUUGACGCUGUUCUGGUCUGUACAGAAAACGAGCUGCAUGAACCGCAAGUCAGGAGAGGUCUAGAGAGCGGGAAACACGUUCUAUGUGAAUUUCCUUUGGCCUUGUCGUCAAAUGUUGCCAGAGAAUUUUUUGAUUUGGCGGAGAAGAAAGGGGUUAUUCUUCAUGGGGAAAACAUCGGUUUGAUUAACGACUACAAGGAACGUCUUGGGAGCUGCAGCACUCCGUGGACGCACUGUGACAUUUCACUGAGAGGAGGAUAUAAUGGAUGGGUUGAGGAUAAUAAAUCGGGGAUUCCUUUUGUAAGGAGCAUUUCAUUGGUGGAAUCCGCCUGUCAUUUAUGUGGUGACGUGAACGCAGUAGGCGGAGCUUUGAGUAAAACGGAGUCCAGUUUUGAAGCUGUAGCUAGACUAGAGACGUCAGACAAAAGAACAAUCACCAUUACAGUUAAUCGAUCCAAAGAUUUUAAAGGAAGAGAAAAAUCCAUCACUUUUCAACUACAGGAUGGGAGUGAUUUUAACCUCAGAACGUCAAAAACACCAGGAGCUAAACCGGGCUUGUUCAUGAAGGACUUCUACAUGUUUAUGGAGGAAGUUAACAGUGGUCAAAUAGACGAGGGAAUGAAAACCAGAACGAUCCGGGCUUUAGAACUAGCAGAGGAUGUGCAUCGAUUCACAGAGCCGAAACUAUAACUUCUGAAUAAAAUAUUACAUAACUGU